GCGGCAAGGUCUUAAUCUAGAUUUCCACUCCCAGCAUGUGACGCAAAGGAAGUCAGGAUUUCCAUCUACUUUCAGUACCUUAGGUAUUAUGCCUGAGCGACGGACCCGCGCUCGCCCGGAUUGAAGACGCAUGGCUUUUGAGAAUGUGUUCAAAGUUGUGCCGCGGAUUAUUGAUUGAAAGAAUAUAGUAUACCUUUGAAUCUGGAAAUAAUUGUUGUUUCCCACGCACCAGAGUCAUCCACGAUACCUUUGAUCGGUCUCUUUCUUUCUGGGUCCGGGCUGCCCUGUCACCUUGUCCGUCGGAUGAGUCUCUUCCAUUGUGAUCGCAACACAACUUCACUGACCUGCGCCGGCCGGUGAAAUGCUUUCUCUGCCGAAGAGCUCGAGAUUACGCAGUAUUGGGGAUCGGGGUGGAGGGGACAAACCGCGACGCGUUCGAGGACUCUCAUUCUCGCAAAGCCAGCUUCUCGUGCUUUCUUCCGGGAAAGAGGAAAAAAUCGGGCACGUAUGAUGUGAUGUUGUCACGGCCAGGGUAGACCACCGAGAAUAACUCUUGCAUUCUGCUCUUUCUUUCUGGCAGUAGAAACAGGCCUUAUCUUGCCUGGCUGGAGCGUCCGCAACACCUUGAGUUCCUCCAGUCGUUUCUCGCAGAGUUUCCCACGUUCAAGUCCGACCUGCGCGUUGGGUACAUACCAAAUAUCACGAAAUUCACACUCGUGACUGUUGAGUCCCCCCAGGUUCGAAGAGCGUCCAAUUUGACCCGAGCUCUUUGCGCGACAAUUCCACGACUGUGGUGCACGAGUCGAGACGUCGCUGGCUCUGAUGGGUUUGUCGAGAGUGGCCCGAUUUUCACCAAACUUUUAUUUCGCAGCCGUGUUGCAGGACGCCCAAGCGUUGAGGAGAGCCGCCCCCCUCCCCACCCGGGAGCACCGGGGCGACAUCAACACUACUGGGGCCCGAUCGGGCGUCAAAGUCCGCACCACCGAUCGGCCGACGGCGGGCCGGGUCGGGGGCAGCCUCGGACGUCCUAUACAAUAAUUUGCGUUCAUGGUUCGAUUUCCGGGGGCUGACCACAGCAUAAUCAAGCCAAUGUGACGGGGCAGCAGGAUGCCGGGCCCAUGGUUGUGUUCGCCUCACCUCCCGCCAUUUGCGAAUAUAUAAAAGGACGACCGGGACCAUCAUGAGUGAAAUAGUCUGCACUGUCUACACUGUCCUUUAACAACUCAUACCCACACCGAGAGCACUACAAUUAUUCUCCCAGUGUUGCGAAACAUUCCUUUCAUCCAAAGUCCACGACCCUAGGCAAAGAGCCCUGUGGAAACAAGACAACGUCAACAUGGCAAGUCAGGAGGAAACCCCCCGUGAUCAGGACUACUCAACUCAACGGCUCCGUCAGCGGUAUCGUUUUACCGAUCCCAAUAUGGAUCUCUUCUUCCUCGGAGCUCUUGGAUGGGGUUCGGCAGGGGGGUUGUCCGUCGGUGAAGCUUUUCACGCAGCAUCGCAAAUCAUCGACGGCGAUGUAGACUCUUGGGCAAAUGCUUUCGUGCGCCUCGGAGUGGCACAGAACGCGCAAGCGGACACCUGGCAACGACGUGGCUGGACCCGAGCGGCGGGGGAGACACGGCUGAAGGCGUUUGCAAGCUACCGGCUGGCGUGGCAGUUCGUCGGCCCAGGGGAGCGCUUCGUGUCACUGUUCCGCACUCAUCAGAGACUUUUUGCCCAGGCCAUGACGGAAUUGGCUUUUCCCUUCACAAGCUUUACUGUCCAUUACCAGAAUGGCAACCUUCCCGGGUAUUUCUACCAGGCGACUGAUCCUUCUGCGCCCACGGUGUUGGUGAUAGGGGGAGCAGACUCCUGUCACGAGGAUCGGUUCCUGUCGCAAGGACGCCAUUUAUUUGACCGGGGCUAUUCAGUGGCCUUGGUCGAUCUGCCGGGACAGGGCCUCGUACAGGAACAGGGGCUAUACUGGGAGAUAGAGGCUGAGCGCUCGAUCGCUGCAGUGAUUGAUCACUUGAUUGGUCACUUGGAUGUAGACCCACGCAAGUUGGCCCUGCUCGGAAUGAGUCUCGGCGGAUACUUCGCCUGCCGGGCGGCAGCACAUGAGCGGCGACUGGCGGCAGUUAUUGCGACGACUCCGCUCUACCGUCCGGGCGACUUGUUCAGAGAAGUCGCAAAAGGACUGCCUGGAGGUGUUGGCGCUCAGUUAUCGGAUGCCGCACGGAAGAACUUCGAGGUGCUGGCAUGGAAAGCUGGUGUGUCUGACAUAGCAGAUCUGGCUGAGCAGUGGGUUGGCGCGAGUGCAGAGCCGCAAAAAGUCGAGCUACCAUUCCUGUCGGUUGUGGGCGAGCAAGAAGGUUUGGUGUGGAAGAAACAGGCGAAGGAAUGGCAUGAGGCCAUUCUUUCCAGCAAGAAGAGCUUCGUCGAGCUCAACGCUGAAACGGGUGCUGAUGUGCAUUGUCAAGGCAACAACACACUUCGAUUGGUCCAGGAGGUGGAUGGAUGGCUGCGCGAGGUAUUGCCACAGACCUGACCAAAUAACUCCCCAUUUUCGAGAAGCAGUUUAGUGGCCGAAGUUUGCUUUCCAUCCCGGGCAGCAAUAUUUGAAGAAGUGGUGAAAGCUGGGCGCCAGAUGCUGCACCGGUUGGUUUUGGUGGUGGGAGAUUGCGGUCCCGUUACCCACCAAACAUGUCGGCAGUCCCAGACAGAGUAUCCCAUUGAGUCCAGUCUAACGUCUCGUUCAUCCAGCUCUCCGGGUUGUAGUCUUGAUCAAAUAACAAAUUGUGAUUAUCAGGGGAGGUAUCGGUGGGCCCCGGUGGAAACCCGUGCGAUUGGCCAUCGAGGCACUGUCCUGGCCACGACCCGUUGUCGUCCAAAUACAAUUGUGUCUGCUCGCCACUGAAAGCUUGAAAUGAUCUGGACUCUGGAUAGUGGGGAUCUGCGUGACCUUUCAGCAAGCCAGUGUCAUCCCUGUCUGCCAGACUCAGAUAUCCUUGACCUGAAUCAACUGGACUGCACAUGUGGAUGGACCGUGUCAGGCUAAGGUCGGCACUUCUGUUCUCGUGAUCCUGUUUCCGAAGCUUGGCUUUCUCUCUUUGCUGAUGGAAUUUGAGAACGUACCAUGGUCGCGGUGGCAGCGGCAAUCCCUGCUCCUCCAAUGCGACCUCUCGAGCUUUGUGUGCUCUCAGGCAGAGAUCACCUAUUGCCACGCGUAGAGGCAUCUUGCUGUUGUUCACAAAGUCGGGAUUCCAGUCGUAGGUCGCACCGACUAAUCUCCAAGCCUUGUCAUGUUCCCGACAGAGAGGAUUAGCAUGUAGCGUGUCAAGAACAUGGACCAGUGCUUCCCAUGCAAAAUAAAACGAUGACUGCCAGGUAUAGCCGCGAAGCUGAGGGUUCGUAUACAACUGUAUAUGUCCAUCGAGGAGCUUGAUAGAUAAUUUCCAAACAAAGUCAGUCUCCG